AGAAGUACUUCCUUUAGCUACCAGUGCCCACUCAUUCUCUCUGAAGCUGUAAAUGCAAAAAAUUAGAAAUGAAUUGCUAUGUUCUCAUCCUUUUAACUGCAAUUAUUACAGCCGUUCAAGGUCAUGUAUUUUAUGAAACAGUAAAUACUGAUGAUGGAUUUUGCGAGGGUGAGGAUUAUGGCCGCAUUCCCGUCGGAGGCAUCAGUUAUAACAAUAGAAAAUGCAUUCGGUAUACAUGUAAUGAUGGACAGAUUAUACGAUCUGAGUGCACAAUUCAAGGAAUUCAAGGAUUUCCGGCAGACUGUCGUCUUGUUAGACGCAGAGGGCAUUUCCCAGAUUGCUGUCCCAUAGUGAGAUGCAGGACGACUCGUCUUCACAUAAUCUGAAUGAAAGGCUUAAUGUAACUUUCCUAUCAAUUUUAUUUUGUUCUUUGAGCAGAAUCAUAUGAUAAGUGGAAAAUCACGUAUUGAAUUUAAUACGCUAAUAAGAAGCAUAUUGUAUAGCAUAUAUCUGAAUAAAUAUUAUAUCUAUUAAAAUUAA